CCAGCACAACCACCGCCUUGCGUGCAGAGCUCGAGCUAUCUACACGAGCUCUUCCCCUCGAUCUCCGUGCGACAAAAUAGUAAUCUUUCAAUUUUCAGUACCAUGGGCGCGUGCAACUCGUGCGAGGCCACGGCGGUGGCGGCGGUGACGGGGGACGCGGCGGUGGGUGAGGCGACGGCGGCGAGGGUCGUGCUCGCGGACGGCGAGCUGCAACGGUUCCCCGGGGGCACCCUGGCGUCGCAUGCCGUGAAAGCAGCUGCAGCCGCCGCGAGCGGCGCGGGCGCGUGCUUCCUGUGCAGCGCCGACGGGCUCGAGCUCGGCGGCGCCGUGGCGGCAGUCGCUGCAGACGAGGAGCUACAGCCCGGGCAGCUCUACUUCGUGCUCCCCGCGGCCAUGCGGCGGCGUCCGCUGCGGGCGGAGGAGAUGGCCGCGCUCGCCAUCCGCGCCAGCGCCGCGCUGGGGGCCGACCACCACGGCCCGCUCGUCUUCCCGGACUCGGCCGCCGGAGGCGCCCCUGUGAGGAGCCGAGAGAAGGGGUCCCGGCGCCGCUCGCGGAGGACGCACAGCCUGGGCCGAGACUUCGUGACAGACCUCGGCGCCAUUGCAGAGUAGCGAGCCGGCUCGUCGUCCGGCGAGGGUCGAGAUUGAAAAAAGAAAACAGCUCGAUUGUAGUUACGUGUAUACUAAUCCACCAUUAGGGACUUUGACUAAUGGCUAAUGCUAAUCUA